CAGGCGGCCUCCCCAAAUUUCAGAGCUGUCACACAGAAAAUUCCCCUCCACCCGCUCCUCUAAUUUGUUCAAAUACAGUGAGUGGCCCGGAGGCAAUGUUUUAAGCCCGAUUGGGCUCGGUGGCGGACGGGAGAGACAGAGAGUGCAUAGCGAACCAGCCAGACGUUACCUCUAUUCUCUGCUUAUUCUGGGCCGCGUUUUCUGCCUCCACUGCUCCGGCCUCUCGAUCUGACCUCGGGCUACGAAAAGCUGGAGCGAGCUGUCUAGAAUUUCAAGAAUUGUAAUAAGACGGGGAGAGUUUAUUGUCGGCUCGGUCGCUGGAGGGACGUACUCGUGGUUUUUAGUUGUGAUAAACCUCCAUUUUCUGCUUUCUUUCCUCUUGUGGCCGGUGGCGGGCUUCGAUUUUCUCCCCUCGCCGAUAGGGUCCGGCCGGGGAAGAAGAAGAAGACAGAUGCCAGCCGCUGGGACAGACUCUGGUUUGUGAGUGUGAGUAGCGCAGGCUCGUUUUGCUUGGGAGUUACGGGAUGGAAGGCAAGCGAACGAGCGAGCAAGUCUCCGACGUUGAAAGGGAAGAUCUGCGAGCGAUGAAGCAGGUUGGAAAUCGUGAAUAAAGGCAGGGUUGACAGGUUCCCUGUACCAUGCAUUCUUGUGCUUGUGAAUUCCUGACUUCAUCUUCUCGACAAGUUCCGUCAGCACUGACAACGCACUGCUUCGACCACCUGCAGCUUGAUUUAGACAAGGGCCACAGAUCCAUACGAGAAAUGGACUCUCGUCGAUUUUUUGUCUUCUGAUUUGUCCAGAUUGAAGAAAGAAACUUCAACGUUUAACAAAACUCAGCUUCGAUUGGAUUAAACAAAUCUUAAAGAAGUAAAAAAAAGUUAUUUUUUAGGAUAACCCCAUAUUGCGUACUUAGAGAGGACGUUCUAGGUCUGAAGGCCUUCGUGUUUUAAAAUACAUAUUUCUAGUCUCUUUCUUCUGGUAUUCUUGUUCUUGUGGGCCCCCCACGACCUGUAGACUUCACCAUUCUACCCAAGACGCUGGAGGAGUCGAGUGAGAACGGCCGGAUGUCCCAGUCCCCCGUCAGUCGGCCCGGCUCGGCCACGCCCAACGGCCACAUCGCAGUCGCCAAGAUCGCCGGAGUGCCGUGCCCUGCCACGCCCACUCGCUACACGGCACCUGUGCACAUUGACGUGGGAGGGAGCAUCUACACGUCGUCUCUCGAGACUCUGACCAGAUUCCCUGAGUCCAAACUGGCAAGGAUGUUCAACGGCAGCAUCCCCAUCGUGCUGGACACACUGAAGCAGCACUACUUCAUCGACAGGGACGGCAAGCUCUUCCGCUACAUCCUCAACUACCUGCGCACACAGAGGCUCGUCGUGCCCACUGAGUUUGACGAGUUCGAACAGCUGUACGAGGAGGCCAGGUCAGUUGCUGAAGCAUCACCUUCCAAGCUCUAUGAACAAUAA